AUGGACUGGGGAACAGAUCUUUGGGACCAGUAUGAUCACAUCGACAAACACACGCAGUCCGGCAUCGACCUGGUGGAGCGUUACAUAAAGUUUGUGAAGGAACGGACAGAAAUAGAGCAGAGCUACGCCAAACAACUCAGGACUCUAUCAAAGAAAUAUGCCAAACGAGGGAGCAAAGAUGAGCAAGACUGCAAAUUCAGCAACCACGCAUCACUCCAGGAGAUCCUCAACGAGCUGAACGAUUACGCCGGCCAACGGGAGCUCAUCGCUGAAAACAUGAUGACCGCCAUCUGUGUGGAUCUCACCAAGUACCUGCAGGAUCUCAAGCAGGAACGCAAAACACACCUGUCUGAUGCCAAGAAGACCCAGCAGAAUUUAGAGACCAGCUUUAAACAACUAGAAAGUACUAAGAAGCGCUUUGCCAAGGAGUGGGGUGAGGCUGAAAAAGCCACUCAACAAGCAGAGAAAACGGAGUGCGACAGCAAUGCCACCAGGCUCGAUGUCGACAAAGCCAAGCAACAUGCCCAUGCCCGCACACACACAGCGGAGGAGUGCAGGAACGACUAUGCAGCCCAGCUCCAGAAAUACAACAAGGAACAAAACUUCUUCUACUACACGGAGAUACCGCAGAUCUUCAAUAAAAUGCAGGACAUGGAUGAGCGGAGGAUUCGGCGGAUGGCGGAGGGCUACUGCCAGUUUUCAGACAUCGAGAAGAACGUGCUGCCCAUCAUCACCAAGUGUUUAGAGGGGAUUUCCACAGCAGGGGUGAAAAUUAAUGAGAAACAGGACUCGAUACUGUUCAUAGAGCAGCACAAGUCUGGCUUUGAGCGACCUGCAGAUGUUGAGUUUGAAGACUACACCCAGGGAAUCAAAUCGGCAACCUCUGACUCCAGCCUCAACCCUCCCAAAGGGCGUGCCAAGCUCUGGCCUUUCAGCAAGAAGAACAAGCCGCCUGCUGCAGAAGAUUUCUCUCACCUUCCUCCGGAGCAGAGGAAGAAGAGGCUGCAGUCGAAGAUUGACGACAUCUCCAAAGAGCUGCAGAAGGCGCAGGACCAAAGUGAGGCACUGGAGAAGAUGAAGGGUGUGUACGAGCAGAAUCCACAGAUGGGAGACCCCUCCAGUCUGGAGCCUCAGAUCUCAGAAACUUCCCAGAACAUUGGCCGCCUGAGGGGGGAGCACGCCAAAUAUGAGACGUGGCUGUCGGAAGCAGUGGGAGGAGAGGAAUCUUCCAACGCCAUCAACAAUAAUACUCAACAUGGUGUCGUAGCAGCUAACCAGUCCCCGAACAUCUACUUAGAGUUCGAUGACGAGUUUGACGACGUAGAAACUCCUGUUGGCCAGUGCUCGGCUCUGUACACUUUUGAGGGCAACAGUGAGGGCACCAUUUCCAUUACCGAGGGUGAGCUGCUGAGUAUAAUGGAGGAGGACAAAGGAGACGGAUGGAUGAGAGUCCUUAGAGCCGGAGGAGAAGAGGGCUAUAUACCUUCAUCCUAUGUCAAAGUUGGCCCGUAACACACACACACACACACACACACACACACACACACACACACACACACACACACACACACACACACACAGAUCGUGAUGGAAGCAAGUUAAGAGCCAAAGGUGAAUACAAAGUCAUCCACAAUAAUUGGAGCUUUUCUUUUAUCUCAGCCAGUGACGUGUCUGGCGAGAUGAAAGCGAGUGAUUAGAAAGCUUCUUAUCAAGGCUGAUUGCAAUAUCAUACAGUCCCCGUCUCUACUCGCUGCUGCAGCAGAGGCUAUCUCGAAUCGCAGACUGUCUGAUCUUUAUAGAUUUCAGUUCUUUUAAACCCAAACUUUUGAAUGUAUAACUGAACUUUUCCGUCACAGCGCUAAGUGACGACUCGUGUAACAUGUUCAGCAUCAUAGUAGCCUAACGCUACAUUACUUUAUGGUAGUAUAUCCACUCACUUGACUUUCCCACUGCCAUCUCUAAUAACCUGCUGAACCUUUUUCUUUUUGUAUCACUGGCCCUUCUGCUAAAACCUCUUUCUUGACAGGAUAAUGUGAGUUUUUCUUUUUCAUCUUAAUGACGUGAUGUUUUAGGACUUAUAACUGGAUAAAAACCACUACUCUAUAGGGGGGUGCGACAAAUACAAUAUCUCUCGAUGGACUGUCACGGUAAAGGAUAGGUUCACAUUUUUGAAUGUCGGUCUUAAAACGGAUGCCCAUAUGAACUAUGAUUGUGCUUGCUGCGAUCGUUCCUCUUGUUCAUACUGACUCCCUUCCUAAAAGUCAAGCUUUCUGAAACUAAUAUGAAGCUUCAGCAGAUUUAUUAAGUAGGUAUUGCAGCUCAGAAGUUUAAAAAAAGAGGAAUUGCAUCCUAAUAGACUGUUAUUUUGGAAGACACACUCUUGAUAUGAGUAACUCUGGCCUCGUUAUAGCUCCAAAUACACUUUGGAAAGGGCUGUGUAUUGUGUCCCUCAUUACUUAUAUUGGAUGUAACGACAGCAAGCAAAGACUGUUUCAAUGUACAGCACAUAUGGGCAUGUGAGUACUGUUCCAAGAAGACUUUAAAAUAAAUGUGAACCUUUUUAACUUCAUAUUAUAUAUUACAGUUUCUCUGCUACUAGUGAAAUUUGCAAGGAAACUUGCUUUGCAAUGUUUUUGUUUUUGUGAAUUUAAGACAUGUUGGGUAAAACAGCAUUUGCCACGUUAUCAGUCGUGGCACAAAUACUUGGUGACCUGCCUGCGCUGCGUUUGAGGUUGCUGCUCGUCACAUAGCACGGACAUAAAACUAACAACGUGUGCAACUCAAAAGUGCAAAACAAGCAAUUAAUAAAUCUUUGUCUUCACUUUUGAAUUCCAAUUCUGCUCAACGGGUUAUUCUCUGAUGGAUUUUAUGUCCCUACUUGUUCACAUAUAUUUCACUUUAUCACUUUCAUUGAUCGUCUCAAAUUCUCUGAAACAAAGGACACGUUUAAAAAACGUCAUUCUGAAUUUAAUUCCAGUUCACUUGUUCAACCAAAUUUAAAAAGAGUGAAGGACAGCUGUUUCAAAAUCAAUGCGUACAAUUAACCAGUUAAAAAUGAAUACUUCUACUCUUGCUCCCUCAUUGAAAAAUAAUUUACAAAUAUUAUUCAUUUCAAAAUGGCCUUACUCUCGUCAUUGAAUGUGCAUCUGAGGUUUCAAGCGUCACUUCACGUCUUAAAGUGAGAUUUAAGGUGAGCGCAGAGAAACGUCCUUCAGCAGAUGCGUCACUUCUCUGCACCGUGAAGCUGAAACACUCACGAGAACAAAAAGCUUCACACUUUGAGAGGAGGUCCCUCUCAUUGAGCCACAUGAUGUUUACCCGUCUCUUUCUCUACCACUCUGUCCUGCACUUUUUCAACAUUUAAGGGGUAUUAUUGUAUGAUCCAUUUUUUUUUAAAGUAAAUGUUUGUUUUUACAUGCAUUGUUUGAGUCAUAAAGUCUAAAGAAAAAAAAACA